UGCUUUCCUUCACUUUAUUUUCGCUUUUAGACCUUGAAUCUUCUCAUAAAUCAGAACAUAAUACCAAAACAACACCAAAAAGAAAUCAGAGUUACUCCUAAGAAUGUCUUCGGAUCAUCACACACCAACGAAAGAUCCACCGGAUCGUCCAUCUUCUUCCUCCAUCAACCACAACCAACUGCUUCCUUCUCAACCGCAGGCGCAGCAACCGCUCAGCCGCUACGAGUCUCAGAAACGCCGAGACUGGAACACGUUCAUCCAAUACCUAAAAUCGCAGAAUCCACCGCAGAUGAUGUCUCAGUUCGAUUACACACACGUGCUAAGUUUCCUCAGGUACUUAGAUCAGUUCGGUAAGACCAAAGUACAUCACCAAGCUUGUGUCUUCUUCGGACAACCAGAUCCACCAGGACCGUGCACAUGUCCUCUCAAACAAGCUUGGGGAAGCUUAGAUGCUUUGAUAGGACGGUUGAGAGCUGCUUAUGAGGAACAUGGCGGUGGGUCACCGGAUACUAACCCGUUUGCAAACGGGUCAAUCCGGGUUCACUUGAGGGAAGUGAGAGAAUCUCAAGCCAAGGCUCGUGGGAUUCCGUACAGGAAAAAGAAGAGGAGGAAGAUUAAAAACGACGGGGUUGUUGCCAGGAAGGAUGUUGCAAACUCUUCGACUCAUAGUCAGUCGUCCACUUGAUAAUUUAUCACAUAAAAAAUUUCCGAUAUAGGUAAAUCUAUUUUGAAAUUCUUUUUUUUUUCACUCUUAAUUUAAACUCUCAUAUGCUCUUUUUAAAUUGGAAUUAUUCCCUCUGAAUAAGGACACCACAAAAACUCAAAAUAUCAUAUCAAUAAUAGUGAUUGAUUCCAUGAAAUUUCUUGAUAAUUUAUGUUGUCAUUAUAUAUAUAUAUACGAAUAGUAAUUGGUAUUUUCUAACGAAUAGUAAUAGGUAUUGAAGAUCAUAUAUGUUUAAGGGAUAAAAUACCCAAAAAGUAGUUUUUUUCUUAUCAACUCUUCAAGUGUCCAAUUGUGAAUGGUAUUUUAAUGACAUAAAUUUUCUGUACGUUGCAUUGCAUGCAUAAUGAUGUAUACUCGUACACUGGUAGCAUGUGUAGGUCAAUAAUAUUUCUUACAUUACAUACAUUUAAAAGUUACUUGGAUAUGUACACAUAUACAAGUUGUCACAAAAUAUGAAGUUUAGUAUUAUGUGUCAGAGGUUAGCUCGGUCACUACAAGAAAA